AGAGGAAAAACGCCGAACGGAGACAAAGGGCUCAAAUGUGAGUUCCCGCGACCAUGAGAGGCUCUCAAAGAACAGGUCCGCUCGAGCCACGGACCAUGCCCUGAGGUGAGGUUCCCAUCGCCCAGGAUACUGCCAACAGACAACCUAGGAAGAGGGGGCAGAAAAGAUGUCCGCCUCGGUAGGGCCCCAAGGCGGCCCGCGCCCACCCACCGCGCCGGCAUCCAUGCACGAUAUUCCGGACUUGAGUCACCUCACAGAGGAAGAAAGGAAAAUCAUAUUGGCAGUGAUGGCUCGGCAAAAGGAAGAAGAAGAGAAGGAGCAAGCCAUGUUAAAGACGCUCCAUCAGCAGUUUGAGAGCUAUAAGGAACAGGUAAAGAGGAUAGGGGCAGAGACCAAACAGCAACAGACCACCCACAAGGACGAUGCCCCGACCUGCGGGAUCUGUCGCAAGACCAAGUUCGCCGAUGGCUGUGGACACCUCUGCUCCUACUGCCAGACCAAGUUCUGUGCCCGCUGUGGAGGACGGGUGGCGCUGCGCUCCAACAACUGUCUCAUAGGGAAGGACAGGGUGAUGUGGGUAUGCAACCUGUGCAGGAAGCAGCAGGAGAUCCUCAUUAAGUCAGGGGAAUGGUUCUCAUCAGGACCGAGGGCCAGGCCGCUAAGCCUGGGCGCCCCUGCUGUCCGUCCUGAGGCUGAUGUGGGCAGGAAGCCACGCCCCAGGUCGCAGGCCCCAGCCGGCACCGACUCCACCACUCCUAGUAACGCCCAGCCACCCAGCAGUGGGCCUGUGGGACGGGCCAGGGUGGCGGGCACCAUGCCGGCCUUACGAGCACGCAGCGAACCUCCACGAGAGAAGAAGAGGCCAGUGUCCCUACAUGAGCAGAAUGGCAAGGUUAUUAUCCGAGGUGAUAGGAGGGUGGGACCAGGCAGGCAACCUUCUCAGGCUUCAGAGGACCAAGCCCCAGGCGGGAGGUGGGAUGCCAAACGUCUGGAGAAAGGCCAUUCGCACGAGUACAUCCACCCUCAGAAUGAUCCUGCCCACUGUGACCAGAGGAGGAGGCAGGAAGAAGAGGAGCAGGAGCGCCAGCGUCGGGAAGAGGAGUACCAGGCGCGUUACCGCAGCGACCCCAACUUGGCACGCUACCCCGUCAAACCUCAGAAAGAGGAACAAGAGAUGCGCAUGCACGCCAAAGUUUCCAAAAUGCGCCAGGAGCGUCACCACAGUGACCUGGCCAUCAACGAAGUGGGACUAGCUCAAGAUGGAGGCGAAGCCCCAGGUGGCCGGCUAAGCAGGAGAGCGGGGUCUGGAGAUGAUUGCAAAGCGCUUUUAGAAAACCACCGGGCAUACUCUACAGACAGGACCGUGGGGGGGGGUGGCGCUGGCGGACACGGACCCGUUCAGAAACCUCGCAUGGGCCCCACGGGCCCUCCAGACCUCAGGGGUGGACAGGACUGGAACUCCAAGGGCCACCUGGAGCCCAAGUCAAUGGCAUUACUGCACAAGACCAAACGGGAGAAGGCGGCGGAGAGCUUCCGGAAGGAUUCCUCCCUCAGCUCUGACCAGUCGGAGUGUCUCCGGCCCCCUCCUCCCAGGGCUUACAGGCCCAAGCGAGGUCUCAACAAGAGGCAGAUGUCCAUUAGCAGCUCAGAGGAGGAGGGUGGGUCUACCCCUGAGUACACCAGCUGCGAAGAUGUGGAGAUUGAGAGCAUGAGCGAAAAAGGUGAUUGGGACUGCCAUCCUCUGGACCCCACUGUGUGGCAUCAUCCGGUCACCUGGCAGCCGUCCAAAGAGGGUGAUCACCUGAUCGGUCGAAUCACCCUGAGCAAGCGCUCGGCUAUGCCCCAAGAAGCAGGGUCCCUGCUGGGGCUAAAGGUGGUUGGCGGGAAGAUGACAGAGACUGGGAGACUGGGAGCUUUCAUCACCAAAGUAAAGAAAGGAAGUCUCGCAGACGUUGUUGGCCAUUUACGAGCAGGUGAUGAGGUGCUCCAGUGGAAUGGGAAGGCAUUGCCAGGAGCAACCAAAAAAGAAGUUUACAACAUCAUUUUAGAAUCACAGGCUGCACCUCAAGUUGAAAUAGUUGUUUCAAGACCAAUUGGAGACACACCAAGAAUUCCAGAGAAGUCACAUCCUCCUCUCGAAUCUACUGGUUCCAGUUCUAUAGAUGAGUGUCAGAAGAUGGAUCGCCCCUCUAUCUCUGUAAUGUCUCCCACCAGUCCUGGAAUAUUGCGAGACCUCCCUCAGAUUCUACCAGGCCAACUUUCAGUGAAGCUGUGGUAUGACAAAGUGGGCCAUCAGCUUAUUGUCAACGUCUUACAAGCCAUAGACCUGCCAAGUAGACCGGACGGCCGUCCACGUAACGCUUAUGUUAAAAUGUACUUCCUUCCGGACAGGAGUGACAAGAGUAAGCGGAGGACAAAGACAGUGAAGAAGACGAGGGAACCCAAGUGGAACCAGACGUUCCUCUACUCGCACGUCCGCCGGCGGGACUUCAGAGAGCGCAUGCUGGAACUCACCGUGUGGGACCAGCCCCGCGUGCAGGAGGACGAAAGUGACUUCCUUGGAGAGAUCCUGAUCGAGCUGGAGACGGCCCUGCUGGAUGACCAGGCGCACUGGUACAAGCUGCAGUCCCAUGACGUCACCUCCCUGCCCCUGCCUCGGCCCUCGCCCUGCCUGCCUCGCAGACACGCCCACGGGGACAGCCCCAGCAAGAAGCUCCAGAGAUCUCACCGCAUCACUGAGAGUGAUUAUGAUGAUGUGAUUACGAUAGUCUCUCAAGCAGCGGAGCGGAGCUCCCGGGAGAGGGACAGGAGCAGCAUGCUGGCGGUGCCUGAGAGACAGGCAGCAAUGCAGCACCGCUCACGUUCCGUUUCACCACACCGAGAGGACCAGUGUAGAGCUCGCUCCCGCCCAGCACACGUGCCCACGCAGAGGAGUCUGGAUGAAAUUCAUCAGAAGCGUCCCCAUUCCCAUUCUCCCACUCCGUACUACAGCUCCUCGCAGGAGGCACGGUCCGGAGACUCGGACUACGACUACUCUGAGGAGAGUGAGGUUCUGGACGUGCACAGGUCAAUCCGAGGUGGAAGUGCUGAGUGCCUGCACACGAACAGUGAUCUUCAGCCAGCGCUGGACAGAGUCAGGAGUGCCAGUACCACCUGUUUGAGGCCAGACGCUGGCUUCCAUUCUUCUGAAAGAGCACAUCCGCAUGGAGUCCAUUCCUCUCCUGCAGGGUCUCCCUUGUCAGUGCGCAGGGGCAGACAAUUACCCCAGCUUCCUGCGAAAGGCAGCAGUGCAGAGCAAGCUCUGGCAGUAGAGGAUCGAUCUCGUCAUUUCAGUCAGAUGCGAGUGUCGCCUCAUCGGCUGGGCUAUGCCAGCUCAGGCCACGACCAAGAUGUAGAGCUCAAGAACAAGAGAGACAUGUACAAGCGGAGUUGCGACAACAUGUCAGCGAGGUCGUCUGAUAGCGACAUGAGCGACGUGUCGGCCAUCUCGCGGGCCAGCAGCGCCUCCCGCCUCAGCAGCGGCAGCUACAUGUCUGUCCAGUCCGAGCGGCCACACGGACGUGUCAGUCGGCAGGCGAGGGCGAUGGGCCGCAGCAUGCUGAAGAGCACAAGCGGCGACAUCACCGGGCCGGAGCGCACGGACGGCAGCCAGUCGGACACGGCGCUGGGCACGGUGGGUAGCGGUACCAAGAAGAGACGGUCCAGCCUCAACGCCCGCUUUGUGGCCAUCGUGGGCAGCCGUCGCUGCCGCAGUACGUCUCAAAUCGGCCAGACAGAAGCAUCCAAUAAGAAGUCAAAGGGAGGUGGGACAAUUCAGCGGAGCCAGGAAACAGGCAUGGCCGUGGAGCUCCAGCGGAACAUGAGCAGACAGCCCAGCCGCGAGUCCAACAAUGGCAGCAUGACCAGCUACAACUCUGAGGGAAGUCCGAUCUUCCCAGCUGUGAGGGUGGAGACUCGGUUCAGUGACUUCCUGGAUGGGCUCGGCCCUGCCCAGCUGGUUGGCCGACAAACCCUGGCCACACCCUCUGUUGGAGACAUCCAGAUUGGUAUGGUGAACAAGAAGGGCCAGCUGGAGGUGGAGGUGAUCCGUGCCCGUGGCCUCCUUCAAAAACCCGGCUCCAAAUCGCUCCCUGCUCCCUAUGUUAAGGUGUACCUGCUGCACAAUGGGGCGUAUGUAGCCAAAAAGAAAACAAAGAUCGCACGGAAAACACUGGACCCCCUGUAUCAGCAGACCCUGCAGUUUGAAGAAGGCCCACAGGGUAAAGUGUUACAGGUAAUUGUCUGGGGAGACUAUGGACGAAUGGACCACAAAUCUUUCAUGGGAGUAGCACAAAUCCUACUGGAGGAGCUGGAUCUGGCCAGCAACGUGAUUGGCUGGUACAAACUGUUUCCGCCCUCUUCCUUAGUGGACCCCACACUUGCCUCGUUGACUCGACGUGCUUCCCAGUCGUCUCUGGACAUUUCACCGGGUCCUGGGGCUGUUCGGUCAUAGAGGACUGAUGUAAAAAGCACACAACCAGAGAGAUACAGUACAGAUGAACCUACAGGACAACAAUCACAGGCAGACAGAAAAUGCGAUGAGAAAAAAAAAAAACACCACAAAGCUUUGAUGAAAUCUGACAAUCACUCCUGUCACUUAUGUUGGGUUCGUAUUGUUUUUUAAUCUCUCUUGUGUGUGUAUGAAAAUAACACCUGGACAUUCUGCCCAUUUUGUUCGGCCAAGAUGAAAUCGCCUACGCACAGACUGACACAGAUUGAAAAAUUAUGGCUUGUGGGAAGCACUAAUUAAAUGCGAUUCGGAGAGCACACUACACCUGGGUGAUUUUCAGUCAAGUCAUCAUUAAAGACAGGUACCCUGGAUCAGUUUAUAACAGAGCAUUAGAAUGUAUGGACCCCUCAAAAAAUGUCAACCUCUGACCAAGGGGUUGUGGGGUCUGGAAACAGAAAGGGAUGCUCUCUGUAUAAAAGGUAAAAAGGUAAAAAUGAAAUGUCAAAGGUCAUGACUUUUGGGAAGUCGUCUGGGCAUGCGGGGCCUUUCUUGGUGCCCUAAGAUGUGGUCCCUGUCCUUUGGGAGGUCUUGUUUUCGUAUGUUUACCACUGCUGAGCGAGACCGUGCGCUCCUGAAGAUUUUCUCUGUGUUUGUUUAAUCUUUUUGCAAAUUCGUUUCAUACCUCUUGCACACGACUUUUAAUGGGAUCUUUGUUGUCUGACAUACUGUAUGCAUGGUGAAAACGAUACAAAGAAUAAGGAAAAAGAAUUGACUGGAAGAAAAGAGUGUGCAACAAAAGCACCUUUAUGACUGCACAGACUGCAUUUUGGCUCCUGUAGUAUUUUUUAUUCACAGUUAGUUUGUGAUACGGUUUUCUAUCA